AUGACGAUUACCUCUAGCCCAUUGGUCGUGUCUUUUGGAGAGAUGCUCAUUGAUUUUGUGCCUGAUGUUGCUGGAGUUUCCUUGGCUGAGUCUAGUGGCUUCAUCAAAGCACCUGGUGGCGCGCCUGCUAAUGUUGCUUGUGCCAUCACUAAGCUUGGUGGUAAAUCUGCCUUCAUUGGCAAGGUUGGAGAUGACGAGUUUGGCCACAUGCUAGUUGGUAUCUUGAAGAAGAAUGGUGUGAACAGUGAAGGAGUGUGCUAUGAUGAACAUGCCAGAACUGCAUUGGCAUUUGUGACAUUGAAGAAGAAUGGAGAGAGGGAGUUCAUGUUCUACAGAAACCCUAGUGCUGAUAUGCUACUGAAGGAAUCUGAGUUGAAGAUGGAUCUCAUUAAGCAGGCCAAGGUAUUCCAUUACGGAUCUAUAAGUUUGAUAUCUGAGCCAUGCAGAUCGGCUCACUUGGCAGCCAUGAAAGCCGCCAGAGCAGCUGGCGUAUUGCUUUCUUACGAUCCAAAUGUCAGGCUGCCUCUGUGGCCGUCUGCUGAUGCUGCUAGAGAUGGGAUCAAGAGCAUCUGGAAUGAAGCUGAUUUCAUCAAGGUUAGUGAUGAUGAGGUAGCAUUCCUGACACAAAAGGAUCCCGAAAAGGAAGAUGUGGUUCUGUCCCUCUGGCACGAUCGCCUCAAGCUACUUAUUGUCACUGAUGGAGAGAAGGGUUGCAGAUACUUCACUAAGAGUUUCAAAGGGAAAGUGCCUGGGUUUUCAGUGAAAACAGUUGAUACUACUGGAGCUGGUGAUGCUUUUGUUGGUUCACUUCUGGUUUCUGUAGCCAAAGAUACUUCAAUUUUUGAUGAUGAAAAGAAAUUGAGGGAGGCUUUGACAUUUGCAAAUGCAUGUGGAGCCAUUUGUACAACUCAAAAAGGAGCAAUUCCAGCCCUUCCUUCUAGUUCUGAUGCUCUUGCACUCGUCAAGUCCAAGGCCAACUAG